AUGGGGCCGCAGCAAGGGCGGCGGACGCGGGGACCGCGUUGGCCUCCGAUGCUGCUCCUGUCGGUGGCGGCGGCAACGGUGGUGGUGUGUGCAGUGGUGGUUCCGGCCGACGGCCAGUACUACACGACGCGCGAUCCGCGCUGGUAUUCGCGUGAAGGUGAUUUCAACUACAAAGUGCCCAACCCCGGAGAUCCGGAGUAUCGAACCUACACGUUCAACAAUCGUCGAUAUGGCUACUAUCAACCGAACGGAUACGGCCAGCAGUACCCGGGACAGAAUCUACCGGGCCAGUAUCCAACCAACACCGGUCUCGGUGACGAUCGCUUCAAGUACGAUCCGACCAACCCCAACCUGGUGCAGACACCGUUUCCGGGAGUACUUGGAGGCUGGCGCGAGGACCUGCAGGGUAAACUACGGCGCGACUCGAUGCAGCUCGAGCGGGACGUGUUCGUCACGACCAACUACGGCCAGGUGCAGGGCUUCAUGGUGUACCUGUACGACAAUCCGGACCCGAAAAGCCUGUACCGGCCCUGGCACAGCAACGUCGACCGGAUCAUGGGCAAGUGCUCGACGUUCCUCGGCAUUCCGUAUGCGCUGCCACCGACGCACGAGGGUCGCUUCAAGCCGCCCCGGCAGCACCGAGGCUGGCAGCUGGUGCAAGCGGUCGACUACGGACCGGCCUGCCCCCAGCCGGUACAGUAUACGGGCGCGACGAAGGGCAUCCGCGACAUGGACGAGGACUGCCUGUACAUGAACAUCUUCUCACCGAAUACACAAGCUGGAGUGGCACAACGGUACCCGGUAAUGAUCUACAUCCACGGUGGUGAGUUCGUCCGUGGUGCCUCCAACACCUUCCCGGGGCACAUGCUGGCGGCAUUCUACGAUGUGGUCGUGGUGACCUUCAACUAUCGGCUCGGUGCACUCGGAUUCCUCUCGACGGGCGACGAAAACUCCCCCGGCAACUAUGGCAUCCUCGAUCAGAUUAUGGCCGUCCGGUGGGUGUACGAGAACAUCGAGUCGUUCAACGGGGACCGGAACUCGAUCACACUGUUCGGACCGGGCGCUGGCGGAGCCUCAGCCGGGUUGCUCAUGGUGGCACCGCAAACCCGGGACAUCGUGACGCGCGUCAUCGGCCAGUCCGGGUCGGCCCUUGCCGAUUGGGCGCUGAUCGUGGACAAGUGGCGGGCGCAGAACACGAGCCGCGUAUUCGCCCAGAACGUCGGCUGCUCGAUCGAGACGUCGUGGAAGAUGGUGAACUGUAUGCGCAACGGUCGCAGUUCGUACGAGCUGGGGAACGCCGAGUUUGCGCCCCAGGUCGGACUCUUUCCGUGGGGUCCGGUGCUGGAGAACAACUUCACCUUCCCGGGCGACAACUGGUACGAGGGUUGGAACGAGCGCGACUGGCACUUCCUGGAGGAAACGCCCGAGAGUCUCAUCCGACGGCGGAAGUUCAACCGAGGGCUGCACUACAUGAGUGGCGUUACGCUGCAGGAGGCCGCUCCGUUUAUCACGACCAAUCGAUCUCUUGCACCGUACUUCGAGAUUGACGAGCGGUUCUUUGACCAGAAGGUGCGCGAGUUGACACUGCGCUUUAACUACACGCUCAACCUGAACGGGACGUACGAGGCGAUCAAGUACAUGUACACUUACUGGCCCGAUCCGAAGAAUACCACCUUUAUCAGGGAGCAAUAUAUUCAUCUACUAUCGGACUUCCUAUACCGCGCCCCUACAGACAAGCUCGUCAAACUUCUCCUCGAGCAGAACGUGCCGGUCUACAGCUACGUCAUGAACACCACCAUCGAAGCACUAAAGCUGGCCGAAUGGUGCAAGGUGCCACACGAUAUCGAACACUACCUCCUAACCGGGGCACCCUUCAUGGACGUGGAAUUCUUCCCGCGCCGCGAACGCUUCGAUCGUGCCAUGUGGACGGACAACGAUCGCAACAUGAGCCACUUCUUCAUGAAAACCUACUCAGACUUUGCGCGCCACGGUAACCCGACGCCGACACAAGUUCUUGGGCUGUACUUCGAAAAGGCUCGCAACGGCGAGCUGAAGUAUCUCAAUCUGAACACGACUUACAACUCGUCGAUCUUGAUGAACUUCCGUCAGACGGAGAGCGCCUUCUGGAUGGAGUAUCUUCCGACGGUGGUUGGAGUGUUGAUACCGACCUAUCCGCCAACGACCGAAUUUUGGUGGGAGCCGAAGGAACCGCUCCAGAUUGCGUUCUGGAGUCUAGCGGCUGCCUGCCUCAUACUAAUGGUGCUCGUCGUGAUAUGCUGCAUAAUGUGGCGAAACGCAAAGAGAGAGUCCGAUCGGCUGUACGAUGAGGCAGUGUUCGGCAUGGACAACCCGGAGUCCGAGCGCGACACCGUCAUGGAGAACUCGAUCCUGCAGGCCCAGCCACUGCGCGGCCCGGGUGGCAACAACAUCUACGAGUACCGCGACUCGCCGUCCAAGUACAGCAAGAUGCCCCCGGACGGCGGGUCGAUCCGAUCGCCGAGCAGCCUCGGGAUGACGCAGGUGACGGGUAAGAGCGGCUUCACCGGCAGCCAGAGUUCGCUGCGCAGUGCCAUCUCGAUGAAGGAAGCGGCGUCCGUGUCGCCGGUCCCGGCGAAGGAAUCCAACUUCGACCGGAACAUCAAGUACGCGGGAACCCAGGAGCAGGCGGCACCCGACCAACCCCAGCCCCAGCAGCCGCAGAAGAACGGCAAAUUCCCGCGGUCGGACUCGCGAAAUCUGCUGACGUCGUCGACGGCCGGUUCGCAGCGCGAACUCGGCGGUGCCACGUCGCCGAUGAGUGAGGUGUCUUCGGUUGCGCCUGGUAGUGUGGCCCUCGGGCGGUCCCAGCAGGUGACGCCGGUACCGUCGAGUCGGGGUGGCACGAAAAGCAACAACGCCAGCCGGACCAACCUGAUCGAGGGCAUUCCCCAGACGGCGGUCUAG